CAAGGAAGCAGGAGAAUAUGUACAGUCUGAAACUCAAAACUGUUCACCAGAUAAUGACUACUCGGAUUUCGGAGGAAGAGAUGUACAGUCUGAAACUCAAAACUGUUCACCGGAUAAUGACUACUUGGAUUUCGGAGGAAGAGAUACACAGUCUGACCCUCAUGAAAAUUAUGAUCUCUUCAGAAGUGAGGAUUCUGAUUUCGCCUUGAAUCCAUAUCAAAAAGAACGUAAGCAUUUUGUUGAUGAGCACUGCUGGGAUCUAAUUCGAAGGAUAAUCAUGGUGGAUCCAGUUCUAGACGAUCUCCAGGAACAAAAUCUUGUAACGCAGGAACAGUACGAUGCCUUAAUGAAAUUGAAAACUCCCCAAAAGAAGAUGAUAGAUCUAUAUGAUAUUGUGAGGUUCUGGAAAAACCUGAAAAAGGACCAGGUUUAUCUGGCUCUGAGACAACACAACCCAGCAUUCAUCCGAAUGCUAGAGAAAUCUGACCAAAUUCUGAAAUCGCGUAACAGAAAUAAGGGGUCCUACUAUCUGAAGCUGACCCUUGACUUGGAGACAGGUUCUUCUGCUGGAGAACAUUUUCUGGACAAGAAUAAAUCAGGACUGAUAAAUGUAAUGAGCACAGUGGAUCCAGUGGUGGAGGACCUCAGAGAAGACGGCCUGUUGACAGAAGAACAGUAUCACAAUAUUCUACUGAAAGAAACUUCUAAAGAGAAGAUGGAGGAGAUCUAUAAUAUCACUGAUAGCUUUCAUAAUGUAAAGAAGGAUAAAGUAUAUUUAGCUCUCAGGACACACAACCGCUCACACAUCAGAGUUAUGGAGAGAAUUAGCAAUCCAUCACUGUCUGUGUCUGAAAACUCAGGAGAUGCAGUAAAAUAUAUCGAUCUUGGGCCUGAGGAAAAGGAUGAUCACACAGUUUGGAAGGUUCCUGGGUCUAUUCUAUUCACCAUAAUCUGUUGUAUCUGCAAGGAGAUGUACAAAACUCCUGUGACAUUGAUCUGUGGCCAUAACUACUGCCUGGAAUGUAUUGAUAAGACCUGGAACAAUCAGGAUAGUGAUGAUACGUCCUGUCCCAUCUGCAGAAGAAGGUUUAAGAACAGGCCUGAACUAAACAAGAACCUGGUUCUCUGUCAAAUAGCAGAAUUUUGUCAAUCAUCAAAGUCAGACAAGAAGACACAUGAGUAUUGUAUAUAUUGUACUUCACCGUUGCCACGGCGUGCAGUUAAACAAUGCUUGUUAUGUGAUGCUUUUCUCUGUGAAGACCAUUUAAAGGUCCAUAGCAAACAAGCAGAACACGUAUUGUUGGACCCCAGCGUAUCUCCAAAGAACAGAAAAUGCUCCAUCCAUAAAACAGUCCUUGAGUAUUACUGCAGCAAGGACUCUGCCUGUAUCUGUGCCCACUGCUGUAUAGUUGGUGAACAUAAAGGACACCAGGUGAUACCUAUCGGAGAAGCCAUGGAGAUGAAGAAAGACAAACUGAGGGUCACUGAAGAAAAUCUAAAGCUCAAGAAGUCAGAGAUAGAGAAAAGUAUAAAGAUUUGUAUGCUAAAAGUUCAAGAAAAAGCACAUACUGCAUCAGAAACUGUUGAGGUUGAAGAGAUGAGGGAAAUCCUAGAAUUAGUCCAGGGAGGUCUAAUCAUAGAAGAAGGACAAGCUGAAUAUCUAGUUGAGGAUCUCAUUAGGCAGCUGGAAGCUAAAAGGUCUCAUUUGACCCAGUGUAUUGCCCACAUUGAAGAGCUAUGCUAUGACACUGACCCAUUCCUGGUCUUACAAGAUCAGGAGGACUAUAACCUGUAGUCCUUUGUGUAUGAGAGAUACAAGUUGCUGUAGUUGUGAGUUAUCCCCUCCCUUGUGCUUCUCAGCUGUGUCAGUCUCAUAGGAAUGAAUAGAGAAGUAACUGACUUUCUUUCCUGUGUCAGUUGGACAUCAGAGUGCUGAUCACAUGACACAGCUGAGGAUCAGAAGGGACAGGAUAUCUCAGAGAUAGUCACUGGUGAGAAGAUUACAUUCACUACAGUUUACAUGAUGCACCUUUCUAACAGAUCAGAGAA